ACUUAAGGUGGACUGGCAGGCCAUACACGUGAUGACACAGAAAACACUGGAUUUAGAGGGUGUCCUUCAGAAACACAGUGAAGUUUUCAAACAGGAGCUAGGCAGCAUGGAAGGAAUCAAUGUGAAAUUGACUGUUGAGCCAGAAUGCCAGCCAAAAUUCUUAAAGGCCAGGCCCCUGCCUUAUGCACUCAAACCCAAGGUAGAGGCGAGCGUAAAUGAACUCGUGGAGAAUGAUGUGCUCGAACCAGUAAGUGUCAGCAAGUGGGCAACACUUAUUGCUUUAGUUAUAAAGAAAGAUGGAGGCAUAAGAAUUUGUGGGGACUUUAAAGUCACUGUAAAUCCAGUGUUGUCUGCAGAACAAUACCCCUUGCCUCACAUUAAUGAUCUCUUUGCUGGACUGACUGGAGGGCAAAAAUUCAGUAAAAUCGAUCUCAAUUAGGCCUAUCUGCAAAUGCAUGUGGAGGAACAGUCCAGAGAACUUCUCACUAUCAACACACACAAAGGCCUAUUUCGUUAUAAGCGUUUACCAUUUGGAAUUACUUCGGCUCCAUCCCUGUUUCAGCGAGCGAUGGACCAGAUCCUGGCAGGGCUUCCGGGAGUAGUGUGUUACUUAGAUGACAUUCUUGUGACCGGCACUGAUGACAAGUCACACUUGCAGCAUCUGGACGCUACCCUUAACAGACUAAAAGAGUACGGAUUAAGAGUGCGGAAGGAUAAAUGCGAAUUCUUCCAGUCUGCAGUUGAGUACCUGGGCCAUGUCAUUGAUGCCUCUGGUCUACAUACAUCCCCAUCAAAGGUUAGAGCCAUAGUGGAUGCUCCAGAGCCCAAAAAUGUCAGCCAGCUACGUUCUUUCCUCGGCUUGCUUAAUUAUUACGGGCGGUUCAUUCCAAAUAUUGCUACCCUGCUGAAACCUCUGCACAAAUUGUUGUGUCAUGAAAAUACUUGGAGGUGGACCACUGAAUGUCAGGAGACAUUCAAAAGAGCAAAAGAGACUUUGUUAAAAUCAAAGGCCCUCACCCAUUUUGAUCCUGCUCUUCCAAUUCAGCUGGCCUGCGACGCUUCCCCAUAUGGUGUGGGAGCGGUCUUAUCCCACAUUAUGCCGAACGGUCAAGAAAAGCCGAUCGCAUUUGCUUCGAGGAGUCUAAGCAAAGCUGAAGCAAACUAUACGCAGAUUGAACGUGAAGCAUUGAGCAUUGUGUUUGGAGUGCGCAAGUUUUAUCAUUAUAUAUUUGGAAGGAAGUUUACGCUGCUGACCGAUCAUCGCCCGCUCACUGUGAUUUUUGGCUCUUACCACGGCAUUCCCUCUCUUGCUGCUAGUAGGAUGCAAAGAUGGGCAUUGUUAUUAUCUGCUCACACCUACAACAUCAAGUACCGCAAGUCAGAAUUGCACGGUAAUGCGGACGGACUGUCCAGAUUGCCUCUGGCUGACUCCGUGAAAGAGGCAAAAGUGGCUGAAAUUUUCUACUUCAGUCAAGUGGAAAGGGCCCCCGUGACAGCUGCACAAGUGCGUAAAGGAACGCGAAAUGACCCUGUUUUGUCCAAGGUCAUGGAUUUUGUCAUGACAGGGAAAGGUGAGAAUGAUGACACAGAGCUCAAACCAUACACCUCUCGACGUCAUGAGCUUUCGGUGCAGUCAGGCUGUUUGUUGUGGGGAAGGAGAGUGAUAAUUCCACCAGCUCUGCGUAAUUCAGUGCUGAAACAGCUACAUGCGGGACACUGUGGAAUGGUCCGUAUGAAAGAGAUUGCCAGGAGUUACUUCUGGUGGCCAGGAGUGGACAGCCAAAUUGAGGAAAAGGCAAGAACAUGUACGUCAUGUCAGAGCAUACGCAAUGUACCACAACUGGCACCGCUGCACCCGUGGGAUUAUCCGGAGAAACCAUGGCAUCGCAUUCAUGCUGAUUUUGCAGGCCCAGUUGAGGACAAAAUGCUAUUGGUUGUCAUUGAUGCACACAGUAAGUGGCCUGAAGUGGCUAUCAUGAAAUCUACCUCAGCAGACAAGACAAUUGAGAAGUUGGGAGAAAUUUUCAGUAGAUUUGGACCACCUGUGCAGUUUGUCUCAGAUAAUGGACCCCAAUUUAUAUCGCAUGAGAUGGCCACAUUUCUACUAGCAAAUGGAGUACAACAUAUCAAGUCAUCACCCUACCAUCCUUCCACAAAUGGGCUAGCAGAAAGGUUUGUCCAGACCAUGAAACAUGAUUUGAAAGCUUCGAUUGGGCAAGGCACAUUUCAUCAAUGCCUUCAUAACUUCUUGCUGUGCUAUCGUAGUACCAAAGUGUCGCCAGCUUAUCUGUUGUUCAAUCGAGAGCUCAGGACAAGCUUUGAGCUGCUUGAACCAGCAACCCUCAAGGAAACUGUCCUACAACAACAAAAAAAUCAGGUACAACGACGGAAACGGCGAGCCAAAGACAGAACCUUUUCGACAGGCUCAUCCGUGCUGGCUCAGAAUUAUGGCAGCGGUCCAAAGUGGGUUCCAGCUACUGUGGAGACCCAGACGGGUCCUGUGUCAUAUAAGGUUAAAACUGCUGGAAACCUUCUAUGGAGGAGACAUACUGAUCAGUUGCUGAGUGGUGCUAGUAUAUCCACGGACCUUACUGGAGGUACCGAUGCCGCUGAUCAAGUAGACGACAGCUCACCAGCUUCUGUGACCUUCACCACAGAGUUUACUAAGACCCCAAAUUCCCCAUUUACUAAGGAACCAUCAUCAUCUGUUGUUUCAACAGAAAAUCAGAACCAAGCAGGUCGCCGAUAUCCAGUAAGGGAGCGGCGCCCCCCACAGCGUUUCUUGGAUUACACUUAGUUAUGGGCUACCCUUGUUGUUUGGGGCAGAAUAAUCCCCUAAGGGUAAGCUAGGGUUUGAGGUAGUCCACCCUCAUUCCCAGGGAAUUAGCUGUGUUCAUAAAUAAGACAUUUAACAAGAAGACUGAAUGUUUCAAGAGUUAAAAAAAAGAGAAAAAAAAAAAGAGAGUGUUCACAGAUUGUUACAGUGAAACUGAAUGGCAUACCUCCAUUCUGUAAGUGAUGAUUAAUUGUUUAUUGAUGUUGACCUUAUGAGUAAGAGGGGAGGAAAUGUUGUGUAUUUGUUAACGUUGUUAUCUAACUACAUUCCCCAGAAUGCAGUGUUACGUUGUAUCAGGAAGUGUUCUUGUAAAAGGGUUAAUACAUGAAAACCAGUUAAGAGAGCAGUCAUGCCAAUCGUUGCAAGUGUCAUAUUUGUAUAAAGGUGCUGUUCAUUUAAUCCAAAGACACAACACUUUACAUUGUGACUUGUUACCUUAAUAUGUUUUUUUUUUCCAUUUACUAUUGUUUUUAUAAGGCCAAGUUAAUUUAUUGAAGACCCUGUCUGUGCACAAAUAAACUAAAGAAAUUACAAAAUGUAUUAAAAAUAUUUAAGAAAUUAUUUUAAUUGCAUUUUGAUGAAUGUUGCAACCGUCCCCUCUUAUGGGUGUAUAAGUGAAGUGACAAAACAGUGCUUUGUGAUUCUGUAAGCAGAAAAGUGUGUGUGAGUCUCUGGAGCUCUGCACUAGACAUCUCACAUGCUGCUGUGUGUGUCUCUCUGCUGUCAGGUGUGCAUCUCUCACUCUUAGACUCAU